AGAGAGCGCCGGACAGGGAGCGUGGUCCGGGCAGGGAGCGGGAGCGAGGAGCGAGGGUGCCGCAGAGAGCGGCAGAGGCAGAAGAGGGGAUCCCUGCAGCAGACGGAGCCCAGUGCGUUCCCCUUCUCAGACCGGGUGGCCAGCAUGCUGGAGGGCAGCGGCGAGGUGAUGAAGGAAGGCGUACUACAAAAGAGGAGUGAGGGUCUGCUCCAGCUCUGGAAGAAGAAGCAUUGUGUCCUAACCGAGGAGGGGCUUCUGCUGCUCCGUCCCCGGCAAUACCUGGAGGUGUCCCGGCACCAGAGCGGCGUCAGCGGCAGCGGGGCCAAGCAGCUCCGCUUCGGCGACAUGAAGACGGUGGACUGCGUGGAGAGGAAGGGCAAGUACGUGUACUUCACAGUAGUGAUGGCCGACCGGAGGGAGCUAGACUUUCGGUGCCCGCAGGACGCGGGCUGGAACGCCCUUAUCACCCUGGGCAUGGUGCAGUACCAGAACCGGCGGGCCAUGGAAGCCGUGCAGUCCAGCCGACAGAAGCUGGCUCAACGGGGCAUCGGCGUGGGCAUCCACAACGCGGCGUGAUGCCUCUCACCCCGGCCCUGCAGAGGUUCGAAAAACACUACGCUGUAAUCUAGCAUACAGGAGUGAAAAAUGGAAAGCAAAAUCUCUGUCCAUUGCAAAUAUCUGAAUAGCUUAUUAGAUGCUGGAGUGUCUUAAACUAUAAACUCAGCAGAAUGAAUCAACAUGGAACAUUCAAUCAGUAUUCUCCAGGAAGAAGAUUUAAUGAAUUUCAUUAUUGGACAGCGUGAUGCGGACAUUUUUUCAUUAUUUAUAACCUAUUGUUUAUAUAUCCUGGAACGGCCAGUGAUACAAGAUAUGUAAUUGUAAAUUAUUGCUGCCUUUGAUUCUCCUAAUUUAUGAUGUUUUAAUUUAGUGCCUGAUGUUUUUGAAUGUAUGGGUUUUGUUAAAAUGGAGCCAGAGGACUUGGAGCAGAGGCGGAUUAAAGUUAAUAGCCUCUUUAUUCUGUGACAGUGCAUAGAAAGAAAGGGUUUAUAUUCUCUGGUUUAGAAGAACAAGCAGUGAUCUCAUUGUCAGGGCAUCUAAGAAUUUUAUAUGAUUCAUAGCAAAUGUCAAAAGGCUGUUUUCCCUGGUUGGUGAGUUUAGAAAUAGAGGUCAUCAUCGCAAGAUAAAGGGAUUGUGUGAAAUUCCUUCAUUCAGAGGAUUGUGACAUUUUUUGGGUUUUAUUGCCCUUUAAUGGAGUAACUCAGGGGGCUUUUCAGAGGGCAGGUUUUUGAAAUACAGAAACCCAGCAAGCUGUGAUCAAAACAGGGAAUUUGGGUAUUGGAUGGCAAAGGGGAGUUAAGUUAGAGGAUUAGCUUGAUUGUGUUAAAUGAAUUGAGUGUUAUCUCAUCUCCAAGAUAGAAACUUAGAUUUUAGCCAUUGUCCAGCUAUAGACUCUAAAUGUGUAAGAUUGUGGAGCUGCCAGGUUAUUUCCAAGUCAUGUAUAUAGCUCUCACAAUUUAUGAUCAAGUUCAAUGGAAGUUAUUUUCAAAAGCAGAAUGCUGCAAAUCCUGGAAACUUAAAACAGGAAAGAAAUAGCAGGUAAUACUCAGCAGACCGGGCAGCAUCUGUAGAGGCAGAAAAAGAGAUGAGGUUUUUCAUCAGUUAUUUUUAUUAUGGGCUCUUAAGCAUUCCAUGAGUUGUUAAACUGCUUUCAACUAUAAAGGGAAUAUACAGUUGUUAUUUAGUUAUGUUUAAUAUCCGUACUGGGAAUUUGUUUUGUUCACAAAUGAAGGAAUGUUCAGCCAUAUCGUUUUAUACUAUGGCCUUUCUGCUUUAUGAAGUGCAGUUAUUACCACAUGAAUGCAGCAGUAUUGUGUAAAAGAAUUUUGCAUACUAUAAAAAGAUAGUAAAGUUAUGUAACGUGAUUUUGUCCUUCAUAAUCAUAGCAUACCACUAAGUCGUCCACAGAUUUUUAGGGUAAUUAUCUGAUGCUUAUUUUACACUGCUCUGGGUGGGUUGGAUUUAUCUUAAUGCUGUAAUUUAGUAGGAUUCUUAAUAAGAAAGUAGUGCAGAUUCAAUUCACAUGAGAUGGCAUUCAAUUAAGCAUUGAAAUGCAUGGACAGUCUGGUUGCAUGGUAUUUUUUUCUAGGUCUCUUGAGCAUAUUAUAUAAAACCGGAAUGCUAAAAGAUAAUACUGUUCAUGACUUUAUCUCAGUGUAGUCUGGAAACAUUAUAUUAUAGCAUCUAGGUUUUGCAUCUUCCAUGCAGAUUUAUGCCGCUCUUGGGAUUGACAGAUAUUACAGAACAGGUACUUUAUUCAUCUACAAGGAUGUGGGAUUUACCACCGUUCUUAUUUACUCUCCUUGAAUUGGGUACUAGCCUCUGGCAUCCAGCAGUUAAGAGUCCACCAUUUCGUUGUGGCAGGUAAGAUGAUGGGUUUUUACCCCCUAAAAGACAACAGUGAACUAGAUAGUGGUUAUCCAGUGGUUUGAUUGAUAUUAUUUUAAUUUCUAUUUAACUAAAUUUAAAUGCCACAGUUGAACAUUUCUGUUCAAAUCAUUCAGUCAGAUCUAUGGAUUACUGCUCCAAU